AUACAUACAUAUAUAUAUAUAUGUAUAUCAUAUUAUACAUGUAAGUAAGAAGAAUCAGUGUGAUUGAACGAUGUGUAUAGCAGUGUUCCUUUGGCAAGCCCACCCUCUUUACCCUUUCCUUCUCCUGCAAAACAGAGAUGAAUAUCACAGCAGGCCUACAACGCCAGUCGGAUGGUGGGAAGGUUGCGAGAUACUAGGCGGGCGAGAUGAGGUUGCAGGAGGGACAUGGUUGGCCUGUUCAAGAGGAGGGAGACUCGCUUUUCUUACAAAUGUACUCGAGCUGGAUACCGACCCGGAGGCAAAGAGCCGCGGAGACCUACCAGUGCUCUUCUUAAAGAGCACCAAGACUCCAAAGGAAUUUGCACAAGAAUUGGCGAAGGAGGCGCAUCGGUAUAACGGGUUUAACUUGGUUUUGGCAGACAUUCCUUCCAGAACCAUGAUUUACCUGUCCAACAGGCCGAAAGGAGAAGCCAUUCUUUUCCAAGAAGUUCCUCCAGGGAUUCAUGUGCUAUCAAAUGCAAAGCUUGACUCACCCUGGCACAAGGCUCAGCGCUUGCGGUUAAAUUUCGAGGAAGAGAUUAAGAAAUACGGUGAAGGAGAAAUGCCCGUGAAGGAAAUGAUUCAGAAGCUAAUGAGGGACGGAGUUAAAGCUGAUAAGAGAGAAUUACCUCGUAUAUGUGAACUUGACUGGGAGUUCAAUCUAAGCUCCAUAUUUGUUGAAGUUGACACUCCACUGGGACGCUAUGGCACCAGGAGCAGCGCUGCAGUGACAGUAAGGCAAAACGGUGACCUGAGUUUUUAUGAGAACUAUCUUGACAAUGAUCACGCAUGGAAGGAACAUACUGUGAACUGUCAAAUUCAGAAGCUGAGUUGGUUGAAGGAGAUAUGGAAUCCAUAGGUAUAUGGAGCUCAAUUGUUUUACUUGUAUGUAUGCGUUUCUGAGAAUAAUGCAGAAGGCCAGGCACAAAACAAUAAAAUGCAACACCCGCUGCCGUUUAUCUGUAGCACAAAACAUUGUGCACUUCUAUCAUUUGUAAAGUGUGACACAGAGAGAAUGGAAUGUAAAAGGCAACCAAGCAUAUAACUUUGAU